GACCGACUGAACCGCAACUGUUGCUCAGCACAGUCCCAGUGUUUUUUUGUUUGUUUGUUUGUUUUUAUUGUUUCAGAGAACAUGUUGUCCAGUCCAACGGGUUUUGCUGAAUGUUUACACGAAUGGGAGGAUUUAGAGAAGGACUACCAACAAAUUCAGGAGACCCAUCGCCUGUAUAAACAGAAGCUGGAGGAAGUCACCAGAUUGCAAGACAGCUGCUCCAGUGCUAUUGCUCGUCAGAGGAAGAAACAGAGAGAGCUCACAGCCUCACUACUAGAAUGCAAAGAAAAACACUCAACAUCCAAAUUAAGUGUGGAAGACAUGGAAGCCAUUGAUGAAAUCCAGAAUUCCAUCAAUGACCGAAGCAGCGCUUUUUUUGAGAUGGAGGCUUUUCUGCCAAAGAAGAAUGGGUUAUACCUUAGUCUUGUAUUGGGAAAUGUCAACGUAACACUCCUCAACAAACAGGCAAAAUUUGCCUACAAAGAUGAAUAUGAGAAGUUUAAGUUGGUCCUGACAGUCAUCCUCUUCCUCUUCUCCUUCAUGUGUCGGUUGAUCAGCUACAGAGCUUUAGAUGCCCUGUUCAACUUCCUGUUGGUGUGGUAUUACUGCACACUCACAAUCAGAGAGAGUAUCCUCAUCAGCAAUGGCUCCAGGAUUAAAGGCUGGUGGGUGUUCCAUCACUAUGUUUCUACCUUCCUGUCAGGUGUCAUGCUCACCUGGCCCGAGGGCGUUCUCUACCAGAUGUUUAGGAGCCAGUUCCUCACAUAUUCUCUGUACCAAAUAGGCUUCGUCCAGUUUCUGCAGUACUACUAUCAGAGUGGCUGUUUGUACAGACUGCGAGCACUGGGAGAAAGACACAACAUGGAUCUAACAGUCGAGGGUUUUCAGUCCUGGAUGUGGAGAGGCCUGUCCUUUCUGCUUCCUUUCUUAUUCUUCGGUCAAUUCUGGCAGCUCUACAACAGCAUCACACUGUUCAGGAUGUUCCAGUUACCUGAAUGUAAAGAAUGGCAGGUGGCGAUGUGUGGCUGCUCAUACAUGGUCCUCUUUAUGGGAAACUUCUUCACCACGGUGGGAGUGGUUUAUCAAAAAUAUAUGAACAACCAGGAUAAGUCCAAGAGCCUGUAAGAUUACAAGACAAUGGAAGCCAAUCCCCUCCUGUUAAUGGAACACAAAUCACAAAAUGCUGAUUAAAGAAGUCACUGUUAUGUGCAUCAUACAGUUGUAUAGAAAAUCUGGGUGCUCCUUGAAAACAGCAACAGCAAUUUGGUGAUGGAUUUUUAGUU